CUGGUUUGUUUUGACUUUUGCAUUUUUAAAACCUAAAACUUUAUCAGGAUUUUCGGAAAAAUGCAAUACAUAUUAGAGUGAUUAAGUAUUGUAAAACAUGAACGCCGAAGUGGAGGAUCAAAUCCGCAAGAAAAUACCGUGGUCGCGGCUGCCUACGCAUAUAAAACAGAUUCUCAACAAUUCCGGAAAGAAUUACGAGCGAUAUAUUGUUAAUUUCAGCAUACAGAACCAGUUUAGGUAUCGGGGAAACUUAGUUCGUCAUGCACUGAAAGAUGAAAAACGAUACUAUGAACGUAUGGUGGCUUAUAGCAGGGAACGGCUCAUGCUAUUUCCAUACCACCUGGCUGAUAUGAUAGUCAAAGGCUUAAGAAUAACGCCCUUCAAUUACUACAUUGCUAUACUGGAGAAACUGAUGCAAGCUGAAAAGAGUUACGACACUCUGCCCAAUUUUACUGCGGCUGAUUGCCUUAGGCUCUUGGGGAUUGGCAGAAACGAGUACAUAGAGCUAAUCAACCAGUCUAGAUCCAAUAGAAGUAGACUAUUUGGUAAAAGAAACGUCAGGGGUUUGUUGCCGAAAGUCCCUGUUAAUAUCCACAUUCAGCCAUGGUGGAGGGUCGAAGUAGGGCUUAUCUUGGAAGAGGACAUUAAAAUGGUUAACCAGGAAGAACAAUCAGUGAUCGACAAACUGAUAGACUUGGGUUCGCAAAAUGCAGGCGAUUUAAACUAUGACGUUGUACUUAAUUUAUAUAAGAAAGGUUUAAUAUACCUGGAUGUGCCUGUAACAGCAGUAGAUCGAGUGCAGGUGCCACCAUUGCAAGGGUUUGUAAUGAAUCGCAUUUUAGGCGACUACUUCGAAACACUUUUGUACAAAAUUUUCGUGUCAAUUGACGAUCAUACCACUGUGGGGGAGUUGGCCACAGUUUUGCAAGUGGACACUGAGCUGGUUAAGCAGGCAGUGUCUCUUUAUUGCCGCCUACAAUUCGCUCGCAAACUGGAUCCAGAAACCGAACAGGAAAGAACACGAAGAGAUCCAUCGUGGUUGAACAAGCCAGAUGAUAUCGAUCGCCCAGUGGACAUCACGCCUUUAACGCUGCCCCUGUUUUCUCCGAGCACGACAGCAUUGCCAUGUACUCCAACGUCCGACCAUCCGCCCAGCGACAGUCCCACUCUUUCCCCACAUUCCAGCUACCAGUCAGGCUUCCGGAUAGCUUUCCUUUAUGACUCCGCCCUCACCGCAUUCCUGAUGAUGGGCAACUUGUCGCCUGGCCUGAAACGCCAUGCUGUGACCAUGUUCGAGGUGGGCAAGUUGCAGCAUGAAAGCCUGGAUAGUUUCUUGGCUGAGCUGGAGAAAGUUUCCGCUAUGGAUGCAGAUGGUGAGGGCGAGGCAAGGCGGUUUUUCGAUCACGCGGUUAUAUUGAGAUCCACGAUUUUGGCAUUGCGAAAAAUUCCCGGCCCAGGGUUGGAUUUGGUGCGGCUAGAGAGUCUCAGUUCUCUGGAUGAAGCUGCCUGCCAGAGGCUACUGAAGCGCAAAUAUCGGCUGUUGAUCGCCAUGGCUCCUUUAGGCAGAGAUGUGCGAAUUUCCCCGCUAUCGAGCAUGCCGCCAGCGAUUCUAGGUCCGACGCAUCCAGAAAUAAACAGCCUUUGGUUUAGGAUGUUUCUGUAUUACGUAACUGGGUAUGGGCCGCCCAGUUUGCUCUUGUGCAAAGGCACCGAACUGAAGCGGCUCCCUAGAAUGUUUCUUGGCUUUUCCCGACUAUUGGUGACAUCCUGGUUGCAUGAGCCUGCAGUGAUUCCAAUAGCGAACAUUCUGUAUGUUAAUGCCACCUUGCAAUUCGCUCCUGUGCUGGUGCAGGGAUUUGGCGUCCAUUAUCCAGCGGAAACCCAGCUGUUGCCUUUUCCCUUUAAAUCGACGGCUAUGUUUUCGAAAAAUUCGCCCAACUCCGAACUAGACAGACUUACAAAGCAUCCAGCUGUGCCCGUUUUGUCUGAGCUGCUGGAUCUCAAUCACAGUUGCGGCUACCUAACGUUUGCUAAUGUAGGCGUUUUAGAUUUUGGGCGUCCAAAGGGUGAAAACAUUCAAGUCCGCUUAAAAGACUCAGCUAAGCCUGGAAGUGCGAAGCUGAACGACAGCUCCAGCAUGUCCAAUGAAAACUUUCGGUUUAUGAAACGGGAGCUGGAUGAAACGAAAUUGCACAGCCCAGUUGAAUCGCAUUUUGCCAUCACACCGGUGGACAGUGGAAGCCAUCGGUCGUCUCCGACCAACGGCUUUACUAGUCAGGACUGCUCUACGUUGAUUCAAGAGGAGCUGGACCAAUUAGACAUUAAGGAUCAUCAGACGCGUGCUGCGCUAGAUCGAGUGGACUCAAUUGAGCAGCUUCUAAGCCCUGCGGAUGAGCAUGUGGGCAUUUUCAGCAGAAUCGAGGAGAAGGACCAGGAGGAGACACAGCUGGAGAACCACAUAGGCCAGGAGGAGGAGGAGGAUGAGUCAACUAGGAAUUGGACUAUUUUGGACUGUCACUUUGGAAUUCCGCUGUUCGAUGCUGACGCAAAUACCAAAAUAUGUGACGCAUUAGUGUCUGGUGGACUCGCAGAUGAGGAGAGUUUGGAGCAUUUAAUGGAUUCGAGCAGAAAGCUGGGAACGGUUCUUUUGGACUUCAUUUCGCAGUGUCAGUAUUUCCAAGGGGAAAACAUGGAAAUUCGAAAGCGAGGUAAGCUAGUGCCGGUGCCUAGACGGUGUCUGGCGUUCGAUAAUGGACGAGUAAGUGAAUGGAGCGGCAAAUAGCCAGGUUAGUUCCUGUAGUAAUUUAGUCGUUAGGCCGACAAAGUCACUCAUUACUGAUUACAAGUGCAAUUCGUAUUUUUAUAGUAAAACGGGUUUUUCAAAGCAAUUUCCGGCUCUGUUGAAUUUUGUUGAAAUUGAAUUGAACCAUUUGCAUUUAACAUUCCAGACAAGUAUUAUUUUUCGUUGUUUGGCCGCCCAAAAUGUGCUUCCUACGGGAAUUGUUUCUGCUAUUGGGCUCAGAGAGUUCGAAAUAGUUCACUUUCUACACCUAUUUAGGAGACAGAUUUACAUCACAACAUUUCUAUCAGGUGUAGCGGUCAAUAGUAGCUACGUUUCUUUGUGAGAAGCGCAUGUUGGUCACUACUUAAUAGCGCUACGACUUUUCGUUAGGUAAAUAGAUAAGUAAAUAUAUACAAGUAAUAUAUCACGGACAGGCAAUAAGUUAUACAUUUGUUACUUUAUUUGAGAAUGUUACGUUGCUGUGACUCGUGCAGGAUAAUUUAAUAUAUCUUGACACCUUUGUGUGUGCUUUGUUCUAAGAAAUGGAAGAACAUUUUGGGUUAUCAAAGAUUUUGUUACACAGUU